AUGACACUUCAAACUUACGAUGUCGCCGUUGCUGCUUUCAGUAUCGUUUUGGAUGUAUUCUUCCGAGAAAUAAAGCCUCGCGGAUCUCAUAAGGUCCCAAGAGAUGGACCCGUAAUAUUUGUUGCAGCUCCCCACGCAAAUCAGUUUGUCGAUCCCUUAAUUCUAAUGAGGCAUUGCAAACGACGUGUUUCAUUCUUAAUUGCUAAAAAGUCUAUGCAGCGCAAGGGCAUUGGCACGAUUGCACGUUAUCUUGAUGCAAUUCCCGUUGUUCGACCUCAAGAUUUGGCUGUGCCUGGUAUAGGACGAAUUCAGUUACUUAAUCGUAAAACAGAACCAACACGUAUAACUGGUAUUGGAACAGAGUUUACUAAACAGUUCCAAGUUGGCUGGCAGAUUGGUCUUCCCAAAGAUCGAGGUUCUUCAGAGAUAAUUCAAAUAAAAUCAGAUACAGAAUUGAUAGUCAAACGAGAAUUCAAAGACUUGAAGUCUCUGGAGAUGCUCACUCACCCAGAAGGUACACCUUUUAAAUGCAUACCUCAGGUUGACCAAACGUCCGUGUACAGUAUUGUCUCCGAAAGAUUGAAUGCUGGACAUUGUGUCGGUAUUUUUCCUGAAGGUGGAAGCCACGAUCGAUCAGAAAUAUUACCACUUAAAGCUGGGGUUACUAUAAUGGCUCUUGGUGCAGUUGCUGCCAAUCCAAAUUUAAACCUUAAAAUUGUGCCUUGUGGGUUGAAUUAUUUCCAUGCUCAUUCCUUCCGAUCUCGUGCUGUUGUUGAGUUUGGUGCACCUAUUUCCAUUAAUCCUGACUUAGUGGAAAAAUAUAAACAAGGCGGCUCAUCAAAACGGGAGGCUUGCUCAAAAUUACUGGAGACCAUUUAUAACGGAUUGAGAGCUGUUACCGUGAAUACGCCAGAUUAUGAUACAUUGAUGUUUAUUCAAGCUGGACGUCGUCUAUAUAGGCCAGCUCACCGCAAGCUACAAAUUUCUCAAAUUGUAGAAUUGAAUCGGAGGUUCAUCGCUGGCUAUGAACAUUUUAAAGAUGAGCCAAGGGUACAAGAUAUACGUAAAAGAAUAGCGACUUAUAACCAAUUAUUAAAAUAUUAUGGACUAAAGGAUCACCAGGUAAAUACAUCAGCCAUUGGAGGUCCUAGAGCUGCUGGAUUGUUGCUAUAUAGAAUAAUGUUGCUGACUACUUGGAGUAUUUUGGGCUUACCAGGAGUUAGUAAAAAAAAGGCUGAAGAAGCGGUUCGCAUUUCAUCCGUUAAAAUAGAAGGUCGUGACGUUCUUGCUACGUGGAAACUUCUUGUUGCACUUGUUGUAACACCUCUUCUUUAUAGCUUUUAUACAUUUAUCGUUGUUCUUGUGUCAUUUAGAAAAAAAUGGAUAUUAAAGUGGAAAGUAUUUGCCCCUAUAGCAACAUUUUGUACAUUGGUAACAGGUAGUUAUGUAACUAUCCGAUUUGUAGAGAGUGGACUUGAUGUGUACAAAUCAAUCCGUCCACUAUUUUUAUCAUUACUUCCGUGGACAAGACCAUCUAUUGAGAAUUUGCGUGCAUUUCGAGAACAAUUGUCUGACAAUCUUACUGAUUUAAUUAACGAAUUAGCACCGAAAAUUUACCCGGAUUUCAAUGUUGAUCGAAUAAUCGAGGCAGCUGAUCGUUCAUCAAUAACUCCGACCAAAAGUUUAUUCCAAUCUCCAAUUGAUUGGAUUGAUGAUAAAGUAUUCAACUGGGAUCGUCUUUCAGGGGAUACAUCUGAAGUGGACGAUGUGCUUUUCUUUUUUGAAAAGAAUAAUGGUAGCGCAUCAGGGCGUAGUAGAACAAGUAGUUGGGGAAGUGGAUCGAGCUCUAGACUAGGUAGUAGGGCGAAUUCAUUUGUUGGAACUUCAGGUGAAGGAUUUCGAGUUGAAGCAAUGACGAGAUUACCAAAAGAUCAACCGUUUUCUGCCGUCACCAGGAGAAUAAUGACAUCAAUGUCAAACAAAGAAAAUGAGGAUGAUUCAGGAUAUCAAGGGGAUAUGGAUGACAGAUGA